AUGAAGAACACCGUGCUUCGAAUAAAAGCCGAGUUGGAAAACGUUAAGAAGCUGUACUGUGACGAUGACUUCCUGUGGAUCUUUAACAUUAAGGACAGCACGUCUUCCCUCACCAGGGAAAACAUCCAAUUUAGGAACACGGACAUUCUCGAAAUUCCCAACAGCAGGGGAACAGCCAAUUUCCUACUCAAGUGGACUGAGUACCCCAAAUACUCCACCAUAAACUUCGUGAAGACCAAAAACGGUUGCUCCUACGACAGCGGAGCGGACAACGACUGGAGAGACUUUGCUACAUUUGAGUGUCGAGGGUACGUCAUGGGAGAUGCAUUUAGAAAAUUAAAAAGGAACAGACAAAGCGCUUUCAACGAGCAGAUUGAUUGCGCCGAGAUCGAACUCGUGGAGUUCCUGCCACACGGCAACUUCAUCGUGGAAGAUAUCAAGGGAAAAAUUUAUUACGAUGUGAAUUUGUCCGACCGAAAUUGGUGUGACUACAACCAGGACCACGAAAUGUGUGUGGGCAUUUACAACGUGGAGCAUGAAAUAAAUUAA